AUGUCUAAAAAGUCACCAAUAUUGCCAAGUACAAUAGUCAGUGCAAAAACCACUGGUAACGUUCUGUCCAGUUAUAUGCCUCAACCAGCACAAAGACACAAUUUCAGUGGACCACAAUGUGGUCCAAAGCCUCAUGAAUCCCGUGAAGUUCGUUUCAAUCCAGAAGUUAUGCGCGCCGGUGAAGGCAUUAUUGGACUUCAGGCUGGAACCAACAAAUUUGCUACACAGAAAGGAAUGGUGAUUGGCGGAGUCCGCCACGUUGCAGACAUCCGCUGUGACAAGUACGAUCCAGAAAGUUGCAAAGACAUUAACCUGCAAAGCGGUACCAACAAGUUUGCCACACAAAAGGGAAUCGUCAUUGGGGGUGUUCGCCAUAUCGCAGACAUCCGUUGUGACGACUUCAUACAGGACUCACAAGGACAUGUCGGCUUGCAGAGCGGUUCAAAUAAAUUCGCUACCCAAAAGGGUAUGAGCUUCGGAGCAGUCCGUCACGUGAAUGACAUCAAGUCAGAUGAAAUCACUGAUGAAGGCAAACGUACCAUCAAUCUCCAAUAUGGCUUUACUACUGGGGCGAACCAAUCAGGAAUGAGCUUUGGAAAGAAUAGAUCUAUUCUAUUAUAG